AUGGAUCAGAAGAAUGUAACUACAAUACAUUUACUUGGAUUUCCAGGUCUUCAUGGUGUAAAACCAUUGCUUUUUCUUCUUUUCCUCAUCACUUACUUUGGAACAAUCAGUGGAAACAUGUUGGUCAUCACUCUAGUGUCCUACAGCAAGAACCUCCACUGUCCCAUGUACUUCUUCCUGACACAGCUCACCAUGUCUGACAUCAUAGUGACCUCAGAUAUUGUCCCAACCAUGCUGUAUAUUAUACUGAAAGAUGGGAUCACUAUGUCCCUUUCACAGUGCAUCAUACAAUUGUACUUCUUUGGUUCUUGCGAGGGUUUUGAAUGUCUUCUGCUGACAGUGAUGUCCUACGACAGAUAUCUGGCCAUAUGUAACCCUCUGCACUAUGGUUCCAUUAUGAAUCCUAGGCUUUGCCGGAAGUCAAUUGUUAUAUGCUGGUUGUCCAGUUUCUUGGUGACAUUAAUUCAAGCACUAAAUAUCUCCCAGCUUCCUUUUUUGGAGUCCAAUGUUAUUGAUCACUUCUUCUGCGAUCUUGACCCCAUAUUACAACUUUCCACUUCAGAUAUUUUGGUUAUUGAAACCCUGGAAAUGUAUCUUUGUAUCCCAGUUGUUCUGAUCCCAUUCCUAAUAAUCAUUAUCUCUUAUGUCUAUAUUGUCCGUACGAUCCUCAACAUCCGCUCGAUCACCGGGCGACAGAAAGCCUUCACCACCUGCACCUCCCACUUGAUUGUGGUUUCUAUAUUUUUUGGGACAUUAAGUUGCAUGUAUUUCAUUCCAAUAAAAAAAAAGUCUGUGGUUGAAAGUAAAACAAUUUCUUUAUUUUAUACCGUGGUGACUCCACUAUUAAAUCCCACAAUUUACUGUUUGAGAAAUAAUGAUAUUAGGGAAGCGCUAAGGAAAAAAACGUUUCUUCUGAACUGGCUGUGCUUCUAG